AUGGCUUACAGUUUUUCAAUCUCUAUUCUCGUGUUGUUCUGUCUCGUACAUGGACAUUUUUUUGCGCAAAUACCGGACUACAUAAAGGUAUGCAAGAGGGAUCAAGCGACGAUUGACAACUGCGUUUGGAACGCCAUCGAGAACCUUCGACCUCAGCUCGUGUCUGGCAUACCGGAGCUCAACGUACCCAGUAUCGAACCCUUUUAUAUUCCGGAGAUUGUUGCGGUGAGCGGAGAACUUGUACCUCUUAAAGCGUCUGGAAAAGACGUGAGAGUGUCUGGGGCUGGAAACUUCACCAUUAAAAGUGUUUCGGUGAAUCUAGAAGCAUUAACGAUUCGCGCUCGAGUCCGAUUCCCCAAAUUACACUUAGACGGACGUUACAAUUUGGACACUAAAAUCUUAAUCGUACCUUUACGUGGAGAAGGAAACUUGGUAGCUGAUGCUGUCAAAUGCGACGCAGAAAUUCUACUUAAAUCUAAAUUAGUAGAGCGCGAAGAAAAACAAUACCUUCAUUUUAGCAAUAUGAAUGUUGACAUAAACAUCAAGGACUAUCGCAUCAGGUUGGACGGACUUUUCAAUGGGAACAAAGCUUUGGGAGAAGCAACAAAUGAAGCGAUCAACCAAAAUCGUGCAGAGUUUUUGAAGACUAUGCAACCGUAUCUAGAAAAGACCGUUGCAAAAAUACUUCUAGAUGACGCUAACAAAAUAGUUGCGUCUAUACCAUAUGAUGAGAUACUUCCUGUUGCA